CUCCCGCCCCGCCGCUCCGUGCCCUGCCCGCCGGCGGCCGGGCCCGCGCCGGUGGCCGCGGCGGCAGCGCGGCUCCUCCUCCAUGCGCCGCGGCUGCCCGCCGCCCCGCAACGCCCGCGCCCGGCUGCUCCGCGGAGCGCGCCCUCCCCGCCGGGCGCGGGGGGCGGUGGCAGCGGCGGGAGGAGGUGGCGCCGGCCGGCCGAGCCGUGAGGGGCCCGGCGGAGGAUGCCGGUGGGCGGCGGCGGGGCGGCGCGGCCCCCCGGCGGGGCGCGCUCCCUCAGCCCCACCGCGCUGUCCCGCAGCCUGUCCCGCCUGCGCGAGCACCGCGCCCGCUCGCGGGCCAUGCUGGCGCUGGGGGUCACGCAGAUGGUGCUCGGCUGCCUCAUCGUGGCCGUCAGCUUCGCCGCCCUGGCGCUCACCACCUCGGCCCGCGUCCGCCACUCCUGCCCCUUCUGGGCCGGCUUCUCGGUACUGUUGUCAGGAUUGAUUGGUGUUGUUUCAUGGAAGAGGCCCCUUUCACUUGUGAUGGAAGGAAAUGCACCAUUACUCAAAGAAAAUCUAUGCUUGUUGAGGAAAAAUACUUUGAUCUCAGUGAAAUUUGUUUGCCAGAUAACCUUUUUCAUGCUGCUGUCUGCAGUGUGCGUAAUGCUGAACUUGGCUGGUUCCAUUCUCUCUUGUCAGAACGCUCAGCUGGUGAAGUCCCUGGAAGGAUGUCAGUUGAUUAAAUUUGACAGUGAUGGCGUCUGUGUGUGCUGUGAAAUGCAGCAUCAAACAUCAGGCUGCAGUAACUUGGGAGAAACGCUGAAACUGAACCCACUGCAGGAGUGCAAUGUUGUGAGACUGACCCUAAAGGACCUGCUGUUCAGCGUGUGCGCUCUCAAUAUCAUCUCCACCAUUGUCUGUGCUUUGGCAACAGCAAUGUGUUGCAUGCAGAUGGUUUCUUCUGAUCUUCUGCAAAUGCAGGAUGAUAUCACACAGUUUCUGCCACAGAGGCCACAUUCUACCAAUCCUGACUGCAUGACUCCGCAUGGAACUAUCCUGCAUCAAACCUUGGAUUUUGAUGAGUUCAUACCACCAAUACCACCUCCACCCUACUACCCACCAGAAUAUACCUGCACACCAGUGAUAGAGGCACAGAGAGGUCUCCACUUGGACUUUCCUCAUUCCCCAUUCAGUGCUUUAUACGAAGUAACCAUUAACAGCCCGGGAAUGCUGUAUCCAACUGAGCUGCCCCCUCCUUAUGAGGCAGUGAUCGGAGAGACGCCCGCCAGUCGGGUCACUGGUACGGAUCAGCAAGUGUCCGAGUCCAGCCUGGGCGAGAGGAUCACGGCCCUGGAUUUCAGCACACAAGUUUCUGUUGAGAGCACCUCUUUGAUGGUCUCUGAGGCUGUUGAUGUCCCAGACCGUAGCUACUCCUCUGAAGAUCUUUGUUCACUGGAAGUUCAAGGAUCUCUCCAUUCUGCAGAUCUCUCUCCCUACUGUACAACCCCCAAAGGGGCUACGGACCAGAGCUGCAGCAUGCUGGGUUACAGCACCCGCUGCAGGUUCCACAGAACUCGCUCGGAGGGUUGUCCUGAUGAGGAUGACAGUUCCCACAGCCGGGCCUCUACAGACAGGUCUCAAGGACAAGAAAAGAACUGUGCCCAUGGCAGGUCCUCGGACUGUUCCUCAGAGCAUUUCAGCCCCUCAGAAAGAGAACUGCCGAGUUCUGCUCAAGAGAGCAAUGCCACGCCGCUGCUGAAGCAAAAGAAAAUGUGCUGUGUGGACUUUAGCCAGCCUCCUGUCCCUUCCCAGACUCCUCCCCGUUUUGGGCCCGCAAAUACUUCAUCAUAUGCGAGCGGCCACGAGAGUGCUGUCUGGCAGCAUCACAUUACAAAAUGCCGAACUUCAAAUAUAGUCCGAUCAACUAGUGACCCUGUAUCAUGUUCAUCUUACACAGAAGGUGAUAAUUGUGCCUGGAAUCCUGUAUGUAGCCAGCAUCAAGAUGCAGGAUUAUCUCCAGCUACAUUAGAAACAGUUCCUGUUUCUGGUUCUCAUAUGGCUGCCUCUGCUUGUCAGCAUUCUUUGAGCAGUUUCCUACCAACUGGAAAACAGAGGGAUACAAGGAAAAUUGAUCUACACCAAAAGCCAAAGGCUUUGCACACAGUCUCAAAAGAGCGACCACACUCUUUAGUGGACCUUAAGGCCUAUAAAGACACAAAAAUUUUAGUGGCAAAAUUUCUGGAACAUUCAAACUGUAAUCUCCCUCCAGAAGUACGUCACGUAGUGAACAGCAUACGAUCAGUAAUAAAAUCUGAUGAGAGACACAUGGAAGAAGCCAUCUUCAGUGCCAAUAUUAUAGACCAGGUCAUUACGAGUUCUCAGCAGAAUGUGAAUACCUCUAGAAAGCGGCUUCAAGAAGAUCUUCACCUUCAGAGCUGUGGUGCUCUGAGCUCGCCAGUUGCCUUCUUACGCAGGUCCCACAUCACUCGCGGUGUAGAGCGGGACAGGCCUCACAGUUUAAUUGGAGUUUGCCGGGAGACCAUCCUUUGA